AAGUAACAGGAGCGUUCACAAAACUUAGUGCAGGAACUCUCCCGAGAGAAAUGUGAGCUAAAUUUUGCAGCGAAUUUGCAAGACUGAGAGUGAGAAGACCUGACCAGUGUGAAACAUGGGGAACAGCUUAUGUAAAUGUAGAAGCACUGAUGUCAUCCGUGACCGGCGGGUUCACCCAGAAACACUCAGUGAGUAUGACAAACACCUUAAGGAAAGAGACUCCUCCUUUGCCAGGGCAGACGUGGACUCAGCAGAGCAGCACUUUGCAGCUGCACUCAAGAUGGUACAUGUGAGAGACCCCACAGCCCAGCAGUACCAGAGAGAGGUGGAGCCCCUGUGCAAGUUGGGGGAUGUCUACAGUAAGCGAGGUCAGCAGACAGGAGACGGGGGAGACUUUGUCAAAGCAGCAGCGCUCUACAAUGCAGCAAUAGCCAGGUCAGAGGAUCAAGUCCUCAAUGGUAACAUAGAAACAGCUAUUAGAGAAGUAGACAAGCUGUUUCUAAAAUAUAUCUUAGACAUAAGUCAUAACAUAAGCCUAGACAACACAGAAAAACACAAGAAACAGCUGAAGGAGAUGCGGGACCAGAUCAAGCUGGAGAUGGAAACCAUUGACCAGCAGCUGGAUCCCUAUGUACAUGAUGAGGACAACCCAUGUGUCAAAGAGAUAGAGGCAAAACGAGCUCAGGCUGUCAGGCAGUUGUUUGACAAAAUUGCACAACAAAGGAAGGACUUCAUCAGCCUGCUUGUAGAAGAGUGUAUUGGGUCAAUGGGUCCCCCUCCCUGUAAGUAUGCCCUGAUAGGUUUGGGUUCACAGGCCACAGGACUGGUAACUCCAUACUCAGACCUGGAGUUUGCCAUCUUGGUAGAAGAGGAAAGUGAAGAAUGUCUUGUGUAUUUCCACAACCUCACCCACUAUCUACACCUAAAGGUGGUCAACCUGGGAGAAACCAUUCUCCCAGCACUGGCAAUAAAAUCUCUCAAUGACUUCUACUCUGAGAACCCACUUGAUGACUGGUACUAUGACUCUGUUACACCUCGUGGGUUUGCAUUUGAUGGCUCCAUGCCAAAGGCAAGCAAGACUCCACUGGGCAGGCAGGGAACUAAGGAUGAACCACCCAGUGAACUCAUCUGCACCCCAGAAAACAUGGUUUCAAAACUACAAAAGGAUGUCACACUAUACCUAAAGGAAGGAUAUCACCUUGCCACUAUCUUGAGAAACCCAUGCCUGAUAGCAGGGGACCAGGAUUUGAUUGACACAUACAUGGACAUCACAGUGGAGAUACUGCAAGCUGAUGGGGGUAAAAUGGCUCAACAACUGGCACAAGAGACACUGAAGGAAAACAGGAAAAUCUACAGUACUAGUAAUAAGUCAACAAUAACUGCAAGGCUGAUUGAUGUAAAGAAAGACCUCUAUCGCUUCCCAGCUGUAGCAGUGGACUGCUUGGCACUGUCUUCAGGCAUCAUACCUACCACAGUUUGGGAGACAAUAGAAGAAAUGGAAAAAAAACAAGUGAUCAGCCCCAACAAUGCACACCACCUGACAGUGCUUACCAGCAUCUCAGCAGAACUCAGGCUCAGAACAUACAUGGCAAAUGGUGGACAGAAGGAAAACCUGUCAGCUUUGGCCUCAAUGGAAACAACACAGCAAGGACAGGAAUCAUCCCUACAGACCAAUGAAGUACAGACAAACAUGCUGAAACCAGUUUUUUACCUUCAAAAUAAAAAACAGCUUUUCAGAUACUAUUACACUUCAGUCCCUCUGAAGAAGUUGUUAUCUGUCAUAGAUAUAUGUACACUUUGUACUAUACUAUUACUAGUAGAUGAAAGGUAUGAUACCAAAACAAUUCUCAAUUCAUUUUCCGAUCUCUAUGAAAAUUCUGCAAAAGUAUGUGGAGUAAUGUACUUUGAGUUAUGCAAAUACAGGCUUGCUAUCACCUACCUUGACAAGGCCUUGGAGAAAGCUAUUAAAUCACAUCUUGACAUCGCCUCCUUACUCAGCAACCUGGGGGCAGCCUGGUGCCACCUGGGUGAUUACAGAAAAGCAAUCAGCUACCUGGAACAGGCACUGCAGAUGCACAGGAGUAUCUAUGGUCAGGGUACAGAACAUCUCGACAUUGCCUUGUCACUCAACAACCUGGGGACAGCCUGGGACAAACUGGGUGAUUACAAGAAAGCACUCAGCUACCUUGAACAGGCACUGCAGAUGUACAGGAGUAUCUAUGGUCAGGGUACAGAACAUCCUCACAUUGCUGCCUCACUCGACAACCUGGGGUCAGCCUGGGGUAUCCUGGGUGAUUACAAGAAAGCACUCAGCUACCUUGAACAGGCACUGCAGAUGUACAGGAGUAUCUAUGGUCAGGGUACAGAACAUCCUCACAUUGCCAACUCACUCGACAACCUGGGGGCAGUCUGGUGCCACCUGGGUGAUUACAGGGAAGCAAUCAGCUACUUUAAACAGGCACUGCAGAUGUGCAGGAGUAUCUAUGGUCAGGGUACAGAACAUCCCAACAUUGCCCUUUCACUCAACAACCUGGGGGGAGCCUGGGGUGGCCUGGGUGAUUACAAGAAAGCUAUCAGCUACUUGGAACAGGCAUUACAGAUGUGGAGGGCUAUCUAUGGUAGUACUACAGAACAUGAUCACAUUACCAAAUUACUCAACAACCUGGGGGAAGCCUGGGGUAACCUGGGUGAUUACAAAAAAGCAAUCAGCUACCAUGAACAGGCACUGCAGAUGGAGAGGAGUGUCUAUGGUCAGACUAAAGCACAUCCUGACAUUGUCGCCUCACUCAACAACCUAGGGGUAUCCUGGAGAAAACUGGGUGAUUACAGGAAAGCAAUCAGCUACUAUGAACAGACACUGCAGAUGUGCAGGAGUAUCUAUGGUCAGACUAAAGCACAUCCUGAAAUUGCCAUCUUAUUCAACAACCUGGGGGGAGCCUGGCACCAUCUGGGUGAUUACAGAAAAGCAGUCAGCUACUAUGAACAGGCACUACAGAUGUGCAGGAGUAUCUAUGGUCAGGGUACAGCACAUCCUCACAUUGCCUUGUCACUCAACAACCUGGGGGCAGCCUGUCACUGCCUGGGUGAUAACAGAAAGGCACUCAGCUACUAUGAACAGUCACUGCAGAUGUGUUGGGCUAUCUACGGUACAGAACAUGAUGACAUUGCACGCUUACUCAACAACUUGGGGACAGCCUGGGGCCACCUGGGUGAUCACAGGAAAGCAGUCAACUACCUUGAACAGGCACUGCAGAUGUACAGGAGUAUCUAUGGUCAGGGUACAGAACAUCCUCACAUUGCCAUCUCACUCGACAACCUGGGGUCAGCCUGGCACGACCUGGGUGAUAACAGAAAGGCACUCAGCUACCAUGAACAGGCACUGCAGAUGUGUUGGUCUAUCUACGGUACAGAACAUGAUGACAUUGCACGCUUACUCAACAGGGUGGGGUUAACCUGGGAUGACCUGGGUGAUUCUAAGAAAGCAGUCAGCUACCAUGAACAGGCACUGGAGAUGUGCAGGAGUAUCUAUGGUCAGGGUACAGAACAUCCUCGCGUUGCCACCUCACUCAACAACCUGGGUUUAGCCUGGGGUGACCUGGGUGAUUACAGAAAAGCAAUCAAUUAUCAUGAACAGGCACUGCAGAUGAAAAGGAGUAUCCAUGGUCAGGGUACAGAACAUCCUGACAUUGCAAACUCACUCAACAAUCUGGGGUUAGCCUGGAGGCACCUGGGUGAUCACAGAAAAGCAAUCAGCUACCAUGAACAGGCACUACAGAUGCGCAGGAGUAUCUAUGGUCAGGGUACAGAACAUCCUGACAUUGCCACCUCACUCAAUAACCUGGGGGAAGCCUGGAGGCACCUGGGUGAUAACAGAAAAGCAAUCAGCUACCAUGAACAGGCACUGCAGAUGACAAGGAGCAUCUAUGGUCAGACUAAAGCACAUCCUGACAUUGCCUGCUCACUCAACAACCUGGGGUUAGCCUGGGACAACCUGGGUGAUUACAGGAAAGCUAUCAAUUAUCAUGAACAGGCACUGCAGAUGCACAGGAGUAUCUAUGGUCAGACCAAAGCACAUCCUGACAUUGCCCGCUCACUCAACAACCUGGGGUUAGCCUGGGACAACCUGGGUGAUUACAUGAAAGCUAUCAGCUACUAUGAACAGGCACUGCAGAUGCGCAGAAGUAUCUAUGGUCAGACCAAAGCACAUCCUGACAUUGCCCGCUCACUCAACAACCUGGGGUUAGCCUGGUGCCACCUGGGUGAUUACAGGAAAGCAAUCAGCUACUAUGAACAGACACUGCAGAUGCUCAGGAGUAUCUAUGGUCAGGGUACAGAACAUCCUGAAAUUGCCACCUCACUCAACAACCUGGGUAUGGCCUGGAGGCACCUGGGUGAUCACAGAAAAGCAAUCAGCUACCAUGAACAGGCACUGCAGAUGCGCAGGAGUAUCUAUGGUCAGACUAAAGCACACCCUGACAUUGCCACCUCACUUAACAACCUGGGGUCAGCCUGGCAAUCAAACAAACAAACAAACAAACAAACAGACAUCAAUAUGGCCAACUCAGUAAAGAAGUUACAACACUUCCAGUUGUACCUCAAGAGUCAAGAUGACAAAGAGGUUGUUUUUGUGCAUGCACUUAGAGAAACCAUAGUCUGUAGAAAUUAUGUCAUGCAAGUAGAAGUCUUGAAAAGUCUUGGAGACCUGCAUCUUGAGAAAGCCAAGCUCAGUAAAGAUUCAGCAGAGUUUGACAAGGCUGCUGCCCUGUAUGCUGCUGCCUUAGAGUGCUGCACAGUACCAAACAUGAAACAAACACUUGAGGAUGAACUUGAACAUUCAAAACUUUGCAGACAACUGCUGCAGGGGUACAGUCCACAGUAUCAGUGGUCACAGAACUACAGGGGCACUACUGACAGUAAUGUCUUAAGGGUGGCAGAGAUUUGUGACAAACUGGACAGAAGUGUCAGAAAUUCCUUUGAACAGACUUACACAGAAAUGUUAGUAACUGCAAUCGGGAACAGCGACAUGUUCUUGGAAGUUGAGGUUCUAAAAUCUCUCGGCGACAUCUACCUUGAGAAAGGCAAGACAACCUCUGAUGUAUCCCAGUUCUCCAAGGCAGCUGCCAUGUACAACAAGGCCCAAAAAACAUGUGGGGAUCCUGAGACAAAACUGACUCUAAAGCAUCGCAUUGAAUACAUGGAGAAGAUCAGGAAAGCCAUGAAAAGGAAACGAUCAUCAAAUAAACCAAGACCAAGAGAAAGAAGCUCACACAUGGAGAACAUCACAAGAACUCACACUCAGGACCAAAAUCUUCAAACAGACAAAGCAAGAGCAUACACCAACCACCUUAAGGAAGGAGACUCCUCCCUUGGCAGAUCAGACCUGGACUCAGCAGAGCAGCACUUUGCAGCUGCACUCAAAAUAGUGCAUGUGAGAGACCCCACAGCCCAGCAGUACCAGAGAGAGGUGGAGCCCCUGUGCAAGUUGGGGGAUGUCUACAGUAAGCGAGGUCAGCAGACAGGAGACGGGGGAGACUUUGUCAAAGCAGCAGCACUCUACAAUGCAGCAAUAGCCAGGUCAGAGGAUCAAGUCCUCAAUGGUAACAUAGAAACAGCUAUUGGAGAAGUAGACAAAUUGUUUCUGAAAUGUAUCUUAGGUAUUCAUAGCAAUGUUAGCCACUAUGACACAGAAAAACACAAGAAACAGCUGAAGGAGAUGCGGGACCAGAUCAAGCUGGAGAUGGAAACCAUUGACCAGCAGCUGGAUCCAUAUGUACAUGAUGAGGACGACCCAUGUGUCAGAGAGAUAGAGGCAAAACGAGCUCAGGCUGUCAAGCAGUUGUUUGAGAAAAUUGCACAACAAAGGAAGGAGUUCAUCAGCCUGCUUGUAGAAGAGUGUAUUGGGUUAAUGGGUCCCCCUCCCUGUAAGUAUGCCCUGAUAGGUUUGGGUUCACAGGCCACAGGACUGGUAACUCCAUACUCAGACCUGGAGUUUGCCAUCUUGGUAGAAGAAGAAAGUGAAGAAUGUCUUGUGUAUUUCCGUAAUCUCAGCCACUAUCUACACCUCAAGGUGGUCAACCUGGGAGAAACCAUUCUCCCAGCACUGGGAAUAAAAUCUCUCAAUGACUUCUACUCUGAGAACCCACUUGACAACUGGUACUAUGACUCUGUUACACCUCAUGGGUUUGCAUUUGAUGGCUCCAUGCCAAAGGCAAGCAAGACUCCAUUGGGCAGGCAGGGAACCAAGAACAAACCACCCAGUGAACUCAUCUGCACCCCACAAAACAUGGUUUCAAAACUACAAAAGGAUGUCACACUGUACCUGAAGGAAGGAUAUCACCUUGCCACCAUCUUGAGAAACCCAUGGCUGAUAGCGGGGGACCAGGAUUUGAUUGACACAUACAUGAACAUCACAGUGGAGAUACUACAAGCUGAUGGGGGCAAAAUGGCUCAACAACUGGCACAAGAGAUAAGGAAAGAAAACAUGGAAAGGAUCAGCAAUGAGGAAACAAUAACUGCAAGGCUGAUUGAUGUAAAGAAAGAAAUCUAUCGCUUCCCAGCUUUAGCAGUGGACUGCUUGGCACUGUCUUCAGGCAUCAUACCUACCACAGUUUGGGAGACAAUAGAAGAAAUGGAAAACCAACAAGUGAUCAGCCCCAACAAUGCACACCACCUGACAGUGCUUACCAGCAUCUCAGCAGAACUCCGGCUCAGAACAUACAUGGCAAAUGGUGGACAGAAGGAAAACCUGUCAGCUUUGGCCUCAAUGGAAACAACACAGCAUGGACAGGAAUCAUCCUUACAGACCAAUGAUGAAGCACAGACAAAUAUGCUGAAACCUGUUUUCCACCUACAAAAUGAAAAACAGCUUUUCAGAUACUACUAUACUUCAAUCCCUCUGAAGAAGGUUUUGUCUGAAUCAUCUGAAAAGAAAACAAACCACAACUCAUUCUCAGAAUUCUAUGAUAAUUCUCCAAAAGUAUGUGGAAGGAUGUACAAAGAAGUCUGUAAAUAUAGGCUGGCUAUGAGUUACUAUAUUGAGGCCUUGAAAAAGGCUGAGGAUACAGAUACUAGUACUGAAAAAAUAGACUUGCUUUUAUCACUUGGAUUUAUUUGCCAUCGGACUGGAGACUACCAAAAAUCAAUUGACUACAACAAGGAGGCACUACAAAUACACAGGAGUAUCUAUGGCCAGACUACAGCACAUCCUCAAAUUGCCACGUUAUUUAACAACCUGGGGUUAGCCUGCCUGGGGGCAGCCUGGCAUGACCUGGGUGAUUACAGAAAAGCAAUCAACUAUUAUGAACAGGCACUGCAGAUGAAGAGGAGUAUCUAUGGUCUGGGUACAGAACAUCCUGACAUUGCUGGCUCACUCAACAACCUGGGGGGAGCCUGGCACCACCUGGGUGAUUACAGUAAAGCAAUCAACUAUUAUGAACAGGCACUGCAGAUGAAGAGGAGUAUCUAUGGUCUGGGUACAGAACAUCCAGAAAUUGCCUUGUCACUCAACAACAUGGGGGGAGCCUGGUGCCAUCUGGGUGAUUAUAGAAAAGCAAUCAGCUACUAUGAACAGGCACUGCAGAUGAACAGGAGUAUCUAUGGUCUGGGUACAGAACAUCCUGACAUUGUCACCUCACUCAACAACCUGGGGACAGCCUGGAGUGACCUGGGUGAUUACAGGAAUGCAAUCAGCUACCAUGAACAGGCACUGCAGAUGUACAAGAGUAUCUAUGGUCAGGGUACAGAACAUCCUAAAAUUGCCACCUCACUCAAUAACCUGGGGUUAGCCUGGUGCCACCUGGCUGAUUAUAGAAAAGCGAUCAGCUACCAAGAACAGGCACUGCAGAUAUACAGGAGUAUCUUUGGUCAGGAUACAGAACAUCCUGUCAUUGCCAUCUCACUCAACAGCCUGGGGUUAGCCUGGUGCCACCUGGGUGAUUACAGAAGAGCAAUCAGCUACCAUGAACAGGCACUGCAGAUGAACAGGAGUAUCUAUGGUCAGGGUACAGAACAUCCAGAAAUUGCCUUGUCACUCAACAACAUGGGGGGAGCCUGGUGCAACCUAGGUGAUUACAGUAAAGCGAUCAGCUACUAUGAACAGGCACUGCAGAUAAGGAAGAGCAUCUAUGGUCAGGGUACAGCACAUCCUAUCAUACCUACCUUACUCAGCAACCUGGGCACAGCCUGGCACCACCUGGGGGAGCACAGGAAAGCAAUCAAUUAUCAUGAACAGGCACUGCAGAUGUACAGGAGUAUCUAUGGUCAGGGUAAAGCACAUCCUCACAUUGCCACCUCACUCAGCAACCUGGGGACAGCCUGGUGUUACCUGGGUGAUCACAGAAAAGGAAUCAGCUACUAUGAACAGGCACUACAGAUGAAUAGGAGUAUCUAUGGUCAGACUAAAGCACAUCCUGACAUUGCCAUCUCACUCAACAACCUGGGGUCAGCUUGGUACCACCUAAGUGAUUACAGAAAAGCAAUCAGCUACUAUGAACAGACACUGCAGAUGUUAGGGGCAAUCUAUGGUCAGGGAAAAAUGCAUCCUUACAUUGCCACCUCACUGAACAACUUGGGGGGAGCCUGGGAACACCUGGGUGAUUACAGGAAAGCAAUCAGCUACUAUGAACAGGCACUGCAGAUGCACAGGAGUAUCUAUGGUCAGAAUAAAGCACAUCCUGAAAUUGCCACCUCACUCAACAACCUGGGGUUAGCCUGGCACCACCUGGGUGAUUACAGGAAAGUAAUCAGCUACUAUGAACAGGCACUGCAGAUGUACAGGAGUACCUAUGGUGAGCAUAAACCACAUCCUAACAUUGCCAACUUCCUUAACAACCUGGGGACAGCCUGGUGCCACCUGGGUGAUUGCAGAAAAGCAAUCAGCUACCAUGAACAGGCACUGCAGAUGAGUAGGAGUAUCUAUGGUCAGGGUACAGAACAUCCUGACAUUGCUGCCUCACUCAACAACCUGGGGACAGCCUGGUACCACCUGGGUGAUUACAGGAAAGCGAUCAGCUACUAUGAACAGGCACUGCAGAUGGAGAGGAGUAUCUAUGGUCAGGGUACAAAACAUCCCAACAUUGCCACCUCACUCAACAACCUGGGGUCAGCCUGGUACAAACUUGGUGACCACAGAAAAGCAAUCAGUCUCUGCAAAGAAGCCUUGGUUAUGGCAAGGCAGGUUUACCCCCAAGACAAAAGCCAUCCAUUGAUAAAGAGAAUUGAAUCUAAUCUAGCAUCAACACAAGCAUCUGCCAUGUCCAGUAUAGAAACUACAGGUAACAGAUGAGAAUCGCUUAUAUUCCAUAGAGUCCAAAGAUUUGAAUUUUGUGUCUGUCAUGUUACAUGUUAAAAACAUCUAGACUAUGACUGUCAGCACAACACUAACUAAAAAGCUUCAUCCCUGGAAUCAAAUAAUCUUUCUGUAAAGAUGUAUUCAUAUAUAAUUAUGGAAAAUGUCAACUGUACAGUGUACUUAGUCACAUAGAAAACAUAUUUACUAGUUAUCUGGUAAAAAUGAACUUUGUUUAAAACACACCAAUAUUUUGAAGUGUAAUCUUAAACCAGUUGGAGAUAUGUGUACACUAACUAAUACUAGAGUUGUAACAAACAUCUAUGGACAAACAUUUAGCUAUGUAACAAGUCAGAUAUUCUCUAAAGAUAUUCUGUAGAAUUAUAUUAAUUUUGUAUGAUUGACUUUAGCACAUGGAAAAAGGCAUCUGCAUCAGUCUGUAUUCAAUUUGUAGUUGUUUGAGUUGGUAAAAGUGCACUUUACUGUAAAACACACCAAUAUUUUGAACAGUGUACACUUUUAUCAGUUUGAGGUAUGUGUACGUACACAAUCUGUACGUUAAUAAAGUUGUAACAAAAAUCU